UUAGGAGAAGAGUUAAUAAUUAAUGAUGACCAAAUUUUAUGGCAUCCAAGUUUUAACCAGGUGUUGCCUAUUUCUGUGUGCAAUGACAACUGCCAACCUGGCUACAGCAGGAAAAAGAAGGAGGGAGAAAAAUUUUGCUGCUAUGAUUGUGCUCCAUGUGCAGAAGGGAUGAUCUCUAAGCAGAUAGAUAUGGAUGCCUGUGUCAAAUGUCCAGAAGACCAGUAUCCCAAUAUGGACCAAACUCAAUGCAUCCCCAAAGCUGUAAGCUACCUCUCUUACAAAGAAACAUUAGGGAUUACUUUAGCUAUCUUAGCCAUUUCCUUCGCCUUUAUCACAACUUUCAUACUUGGAAUUUUUGUGAAGCACAAGGACACUCCCAUAGUCAAAGCUAACAACAGAACCCUGACCUACAUCCUUCUCAUUUCUCUCCUUCUUUGCUUCCUCUGCUCCUUACUCUUCAUUGGACAGCCUGGAAAGGUCAUCUGCCUUCUCCGACAAACAGUCUUUGGCAUCAUGUUCUCUGUUGCCCUUUCCAGCACUUUGGCAAAGACCAUCACCGUGGUUCUGGCAUUUAUGGCAACCCAGCCAGGAUCCAGAAUCAGAAAAUGGGUGGGGAAAAGAAUGGCAAAUUCCAUUGUCCUCUCCGGCUCCUUUCUUCAAGCUGGCAUUUGUUCUCUUUGGUUAUGUACUUCCCCUCCAUUUCCAGAUAUGGACAUGCACUCAGUGACAGGAGAAAUGCUACUGGAAUGUAAUGACGGUUCAACUAUCAUGUUCUACUGUGUCAUAGGCUACAUGGGUUUCUUAGCCAUUGUCAGCUUCAUUUUGGCUUUCCUAGCCAGGAAGUUGCCAGACAGUUUCAAUGAGGCCAAAUUUAUCACUUUCAGCAUGUUGGUGUUUUGCAGUGUCUGGCUGACUUUUGUUCCAACCUACUUGAGCACCAAAGGAAAAUACAUGGUGGCUGUGGAAAUCUUCUCCAUCUUAGCAUCCAAUGCUGGCUUACUGGGUUGCAUCUUUUCCCCUAAAUGCUACAUCAUUGUACUGAGGCCUGAACUGAAUAAGAGGGAGCAACUAAUAAGGAAAACCAAAUGA